CCAUAAGUGCUUGCGCUUCAGUCCCAGAUGUAUGUUGCGCGCCGGUGACUACAGCCGCAUUUACUACUGAACUCAGUAAACCGUCCAGGCAGGAGUUUAACCUGCUUACAAAAGUGGGACUUGAUCCACAGUAGCGCUUUUAUAACUUUAAUAACCUUGUGAGACUAAAAUGAAGAAGAGUGGAGCAGAGAAACACUGGCGCUUUGUGAGUGCGGGUGUGGGUUUGCUGCUCUUACUGAACACUUCAGUUUCAGGAAGUUUCCCAACAGCUCAGAAUGUCACUUGGGAUUCUUUCAAUUUCAAGACGUUAUUAACAUGGAAACUUCACCCUAUUAACUAUUCCUACACUGUGGAAUACUCAAAAUUGGGUGGGGACAAUCAUAGAGCCACUCACUGCAUUCAGAUGAACAAAACCGAAUGUGACCUCACAAACCAACUCACAGAUCUGAAAAUCAAGUACAGCGCAGAUGUUCUGUCAACACCUCUGAAGGGCAUGUCCUCUAGUCUCAUCGAGUUCCCCCGCACAGAAUCUGCUCAGUUCUGCCCUUAUACUGACACUGUCAUAGGCAGCCCUAAUUUUAACAUUACGCUGAGUGAGGAUGAACGGACGAUGAACCUCUACAUAGAAGAUAUCCCAACAGCACUCUUUGACGCACAGAACAAGCAGCGAACGAUUCAGGAUAUCUUUAAAAAUGAUCUGCAAUACAAGGUCAUUUACAGUAAAGCCAGGAGCUCUGGAAAGAAAGAGAAGACAAGCGUGAGCAGACGUAUAGAGGUGACAGGUCUGGAUAGAGGAAAGAGUUACUGCUUCAAUGUGCAAGUCUACAUUCCCACCCGGAAAAUUAACAAACAGCUUGGAGAGUUGAGCCAGGUUCAGUGCUUUCCAGCGGAAGACAGGCCUUUUUAUGAUGAUUAUAACUUUGCAGUGAUUGCUGGAGGUAUCCUGGUCGUCAUUAUCAUAAUAUCAGCAGUGAUUGCUGCCAUAGUUAUUGUCUCCAAACGACAAAAGGAAGCAAAGAACAGAGAAAAAGAGGGAGUACCAUUAAAGGGCGUGUGAGAACCUCUCUGAACACAGAAUGUGAUGCUCAUGGGAAUACACGGUACUGUACAAAACAGGACUCAGUCUUUCGAAUCAUCCUUGUGGCAACAUUACAGUGUAAAACUCUGUAAUUCAUUUAGUUUCUGUGAAACUAAACAAGGUAGAAAUUACAGUAGGAUUUACUCUCCGACAGAUGUCUGCAGAUGUUCUUGCUCUUUUGUUAAAUCAGUAUGUUCAUUCACUGGGAUUAUCUACUGUAUUUUUUUUUGUUUUAAGUAUUUCAUAAGCACUACCUUUCUGAAACAACAGUACUACUUUUAUACUAGAUGUUUUAUUUUUAUAGUUUUAAAAAAGUGAUAGUUUAUAGCAAAAUCAUAUUUAUUGUUUUGGAGUUUGCUAAUUUAAUAGAUGUAAAAUUUAACAUACAUAAAUUUUAAAAUGUAUACAUACAUCUUUAGUCGGAAAACUAGAGAGAAUAUCCAUGGUCACGAAAGUCAUGACUUUAUAGAAACGUGAAAUCUAUGGGAAAAGGCUUUCUUUUUCAUUACAUUUUGAACUUCAAAUAAAUUCUCUCAGUUCAUGUAAA